AUAUAAGUGUUGAUUUCAAUCCCCUCUCGUCUCGUUUGUUACCGUACUGAUUUCCGUGUUAGUGUUAACACCAGGAAGUUAUCAUCUUUUAUUGUGUAAAUUGAUGAAAUUGUUUUCGACUUUGACUUGGCUUCAGUCAGGUUCAUUCAACGCAACAUAACACGCCUCCUUACUUGCCGCUGUCCGCGAAAUACUGAGUAGGCGAUGAGGCAAAUCAUUUGCCUCCGAGUGGUCAGUACAGUUCUGAAAUCCACAAUGAGAAGUCAUACGUUCUUUGAUUCCUUGGGCUCGGCCAGCAUCAUGGCCAGAAUCCUUGAUGGCAAGGGGCUUGCCAAGGACAUCCGUGGUGAAUUAAAAAUCAAGAUCCAUAACUGGAUGCAACAAGGUCACCGGGCCCCGACUUUGAAAUGCAUUAUAGUUGGAGAUGACCCGGCCAGUCAUACUUAUGUCAAGAACAAGAUUCAGGCUGCAACCGAUGUAGGUAUUCAGGCAGAGACUAUAAGAUAUGAAGCUAAUAUGACUGAAGAGGACCUACUGUUGGCUAUUGAUGAAUUGAAUGCAAACUCUGAAGUUGAUGGCAUUUUGGUGCAACUGCCGUUGCCGGGGGGUAUUGAUGAGAGGAAGGUGUGCAAUGCUGUGGCUCCGGAGAAGGAUGUGGAUGGCUUCCAUAUUGUUAAUGUUGGGCAGCUGUGCCUGGACAUGCCAACUAUUGUUCCUGCCACUGCUUUGGCUGUUGUGGAGAUGUUGAAAAGAUUCAAAAUCGACACCUUCGGUCGUAACGCAGUAGUGGUAGGGCGUUCGAAGAACGUUGGCAUGCCAAUCGCCAUGAUGCUACACAGUGACAUGAGUCACGACAGCGGGUUAGGCAUGGAUGCCACUGUCACCAUCUGCCAUCGGUUCACUCCGAAGGAGAAAUUGGAGUUCUACUGCCGGAACGCUGACAUUAUUAUCACUGCGACAGGUGUGCCAAAAUUAAUCAAAGCUGACAUGGUGAAGCCCGGCGCCACAGUCAUUGAUGUUGGCAUCGUCAGAAUCACUGAUGAAGAAGGAAAUACCAGACUCGUUGGCGAUGUCGAUUAUGAUGAGGUAAGCAAAGUGGCCGGUGCCAUAACGCCCGUGCCCGGAGGCGUGGGCCCCAUGACAGUGGCCAUGCUUAUGCAUAACACCUUCCAAGCUGCCCAGAGACUGCGCGAUGCUGAGAUGAUGCAGUAAAAUUAUAAUUUUACAAGUAUAACCCGUUGACUGCCACAGACAACCUUUGGGCAUUCCUGGUGAGUUCACGGUGACGCGCCGCACAGAUAAUCGUUGCGUUCUAAGGGUUAAUACGCGUCUUAUAGGUGACUUGUCAAUUUGUAACUUAAGUACCGGCCAAUAAUAUGCAUUUAUUGAUUUUGCUCUUUUUUCAUGAUGAGUUAAACUUCUUUCGUACGUUUUUUUUAUAAUGGUCUUACAGAUCGAGUAUAGUCAUUUACCUACAGUGUACUAUUGGCCGAAACUUUUUUUUUUCAAAGAACCCCGGUGAUGGUAAUAUGAAAUUUCAUUUUUUUAAUUUCAAAUUCAAGAUUUAGUUAAUAACUUGAACAUGUUAAUUUGUUAUCUUCCUGAAUCCUUAGAUAUAAUUGGUUGUUUUAUUGGAUAUUAUUUAAGAAUCUCUAAAUUAAAUGCAUGUCUCUACUUCGUACCACAGUGCCUUACUUAGUUAUAUUGUCAUUUUCAAAAGUAUUAUAUAGGUUAUGAAUUAUGAUAAUUUAAAAUUACCUUGAAGGUAUUUAGAUAUAUUACUAGAUAAAUGUUAUAUUAUUUUAGUUAAUAAGUAAUCAGCUGAUUGUUUUUAUCAUAAAAUUAACACAUUCCUUGUUACAUUAUUGAAAAAAUUUUAAUUCGCUUGAACUCUUGUAACUUUGGAUCCAUUCAAAUAAGUUCAUGACGCCUAUGAGCGUCAUAGGGAUCACUAAAACAUUUUUUGUUGCACAUGUGCAUCAUGGUUCAUAAGUCUGAUAAGUCGUGUCAAAAAGCCCAAUUUUCACGUUUCAUUUACCUAUUCCAUAAAGGCUGUGAUAAAUAAAUUGUGUUCUGUUCAAUCAUAGAUAUCAAUAAACUUUGUUGACUAUAAAUUAUACCUAGUUAUUGAUAAAUAAAUGAAUAUAAUUAA